CGCUCGGCUCACCGCCCCCGAGCGCCGGCGCGGGCAAGCGGCGGAGGCCGGCCUGGCGGCGGCCAUGGACCGCUUCUUGUGGACCAGCGGCCUCCUGGAGAUCAACGAGACCCUGGUGAUCCAGCAGCGCGGAGUGCGCAUUUACGACGGCGAGGAGAAGAUAAAAUUUGAUGCUGGGACCCUCCUUCUUAGUACACACCGACUAAUUUGGAGAGAUCAGAAAAAUCAUGAGUGCUGCAUGGCCAUUCCUCUUUCCCAAAUCGUGUUCAUUGAAGAACAGGCAGCUGGAAUUGGGAAAAGUGCCAAAAUAGUGGUUCAUCUUCACCCAGCUCCACCCAACAAAGAACCCGGUCCAUUCCAGAGCAGUAAGAACUCCUACAUCAAACUCUCCUUCAAAGAACAUGGCCAGAUUGAGUUUUACAGGCGUUUAUCUGAGGAAAUGACACAGAGAAGAUGGGAGAAUAUGCCAGUUUCCCAAUCAUUGCAAACAAAUAGAGGACCCCAGCCAGGAAGAAUAAGGGCUGUAGGAAUUGUAGGCAUUGAAAGGAAAUUGGAAGAAAAAAGGAAAGAAACGGACAAAAACAUUUCUGAGGCCUUUGAAGACCUCAGCAAGCUAAUGGUCAAGGCUAAGGAAAUGGUGGAGUUAUCAAAAUCAAUUGCUAAUAAGAUCAAAGACAAGCAAGGUGACAUCACAGAAGAUGAGACCAUCAGGUUUAAGUCCUAUUUGCUGAGCAUGGGAAUAGCCAACCCAGUUACCAGGGAAACCUGCGGCUCGGGCACACAGUACCACAUGCAGCUGGCCAAGCAGCUGGCUGGGAUGCUGCAGGCGCCACUAGAGGAACGAGGGGGAAUAAUGUCACUCACGGAGGUGUACUGUUUAGUAAACCGAGCUCGAGGAAUGGAAUUGCUCUCACCAGAAGAUUUAGUGAAUGCGUGCAAGAUGCUGGAAGCACUAAAAUUACCUCUCAGGCUCCGAGUUUUUGACAGUGGCGUCAUGGUAAUUGAGCUUCAGAGCCAUAAGGAAGAGGAAAUGGUGGCCUCAGCCUUGGAGACAGUUUCAGAAAAGGGAUCCCUGACAUCAGAAGAGUUUGCUAAGCUGGUGGGAAUGUCUGUCCUCCUGGCUAAGGAAAGGUUGCUUCUUGCAGAGAAGAUGGGCCAUCUUUGCCGAGAUGAUUCAGUGGAAGGCUUGCGUUUUUACCCAAAUUUAUUUAUGACACAGAGCUAAGGGUUUUGUAUUUCAAAUCCUUCUUGUUCACAUACUCGUAUCAUGUAAACGUUGUAGGACAUUGAGCUCAGAGUAAACCCUGAUAAACUGAGAAUUUCUGGAACUUUAUACUAUACUAUACUAUAAAACCCUUUUAAUUUCUCCCUAAAUAUUAUGGUCCAGGAAGUUUACUUCGGAUAAAUAUAGGAAAAUACAGAAAACUGAAGGCUGCUAUGAAUUUGAAAUCAUGCUACUCUCAGAGUUUAACCUGAAAUAUGGUGGAUUUUAACUUGACCCUCCAAUCUGACCUUUUUUUUUUUUUUUUUUUUUUUUUUAAGAAGGGAGUUUAGUUAAUGGGGGAAGAAAGAAGUUGCAUGUUUGGACAGGUUAGAUCAUUUUUCUGGUGUGACUAAAAUUCACUGAGUUAUAAAUGAAGUUUUUCUCUGCAUCUAAUGUGCCCAUUUGGGGAGGUGGCGUUCAUGACGCAAGUCAUAGCUAGAGUAUAGCUUAAGAACUGACAGCACAGGGACAGAGCAUCAGACUGCGGGACACUGUAUGGGGCUCCUUCCCUAAGGGCUUUUCUUUAGAAGCAGUCAUAAACAUGUCUUCAACAUACACCUUAAAAAAGGAGAAAAUUGUCAUUGACUUACGUAUAUAUAAUCUAACUCGUUCUUUUUUUCACAUGAUGUUUUCAUGGCUGGCAUUUAAAGAAUGUAACUAUCUCAUUUUGUUGAAAAAAUGCUGUGGAUUUUGAAACUGAAUUAAUGAGCUGUAUAGACACACCCAGGGAUAUGAUUACAAAUUUGGAAAGUAGAGGGCCGAGGAAUUCCCUAGGAUUGUGUGGGCGGAGUGGCCGGGAGAACCUUAAAGUAACUUAACAGGAACCUUGGUGCUCUUUGACCUCGAAAGCCAAGGACAGGAACAAAGAAGGUGGACAAGUAAUCGGUUUCCUUUUCCUUCCUUUAAGGAGUUUCAACAAGACACUUUAAAAAAUCUUUCAUCUUCCAGCAAUACUUUUUUUUCUUUACCCCAUUCGUUAGAAGUUGUGUAGAGAAGCUAUCUCACUGAGAAAUAUUACUGCGAUAACAAAAACUGGCUCAUAUUGAAUGUCAAUUGCUCGAGUUCUAAAGUGGACUGCCUGACUUCCUACGUCAUUGCUCUCCAGCGUAUGGUGUGUUGGCAUUACCUCAAACUCAGGGACCCCACAGGGACAGAAGGAGCCUCCCCUUCUAAAACUGUGUUGAAAAUGGAAAGUAGGUAUGGUUUUCGGCCAAGCCUCCAGAAGGGAUAGUGUCUGUAUUGAGCUAACUGUUGUGACCAGCAGGAGGGGAUACCCCAGCUCACAAGCUGGGAUCCCAUAGAGGUCACUGGGUGAGGUGGAGGCCACUGCCAGAGGCCACGACAGAUGCCCUGUGGGGAAGUUGCAGGGAUCUUCGGCUGCAGACCCAGGGAAUCCCUACCACUGCAGCCGGAUUCGGUCCCCUGAUCCCUGCCUGCAAAAGUGGCUAUCGCUGCUUCUCGUCCUCCAGCGUCACGGGAACGUCUCGGCCAAGGCCUCCUGCCUGUCUUCAUUUUCUAGACCUGUCGUUGAUUCUGCAAUAUGAUGACAGAUCCCCUCAUUUCCUCAUUGCUCAGCCUCAGGUUUGUUUGGAGGGGUAUUCAGUGUCUGGCUGCCCGUGUCGUGCAGGCCAUUGUGUAAACUCGUAUGUAUGGCACUCCUGUUUCUGGGUUGUACUCACACUGCUCUGGCACACGCAUACACGCACACUCAUAUAUGCACACACACACACAUACACACUUACACGUAUGAUAUCUGGCUAAGGUUUUUAAAAAAUUACAAAGGUAAAUAGUAAUCUGUCUCAGUAGUUGGAGUGAGUUGCAACUCAGAUUGUUUGAGCUACUGGAUCUAGCUCUUAAUGAUUUGGAUUCAUUACAGCAGACUCCCAUGGUUCAAUGUAUUUAUUUACAUUAGUGUGACAACACAUUAAAAAAAAAUGGAGCAAUCUAAAUUGUAUAAAGUGAACUAAAGAGGAAGAAAAGUGACAUAUGAAUAUAUUUUGCAAAUGUCACAUUAAUUAAAAAAGUAUGAUUUUACUGUUUUAUUUUUAAAGUGGGCAUUCUUCACUGUUUCCAGACCUCUGUAUGUAUACUUUUUAUCCCACCCCCCCCCUUUUUUUUUUUUUUGCCAAAUAAGGUGUUGCAGAGGUUAUGUUUAAAUACAACCAAUCAGGCCCUAAAUGCAAAAAAAAAAUCAUCUUGGUGCUUAUCACUGGUAUAAUUAUUAUUUUUGCUUUAUUAUCUUUGCUCUUAGGAGCAAAUUUGUUUUGUAGCUUUAUAGUAAUGGAAUUUUUCUAGUCACCGUCAAAAAUAUUUUUACAUUGUAGAAGUAAAGAUUGUUUUCAGGGUUAAAUGAUUAGAAUUAAUGUAUAUAGAGUAAAAUUACUGGAAAACUUUUAAGUGAUCUUUUCUUAACGUGUUCUUUUUAAAAUACUCUUUGAAAAAUAUAUGAAAGUGAUAAACCUUUAAUGAGAAUAAGCCAGUAUGUUAAGAUUUUUUUCUUUAUUUAUGACCUCAAGAUCUUACUGUUUUAGUUUUUUAAAAAGAAAACAAUGGGAAAUGGCUCAUGAACUGUUUUGGGGUUUUUUGUUUUGUUUUAAUUCUUGAUGUGAAGUCCAUCGUUGACUGACCUUGUAUAUUCACAUGAAUGUACUGUCUCUUGUUCCCUUUAACCAGACUAGCCUGAGCAGACAUGGAUUUGUCAUGUCCUCAUCCUCAUGCUCUGCCCGGUAAUCUCAGUGUUUUCCUUUUGGUAUGGUAGAGUCACGACUCACAAGCUGUUUAGAUUUUUAGACUGUGCCUCAGAAGUAAAUCGAGCAUGCUCAAAAUGAUCCCUGAAGAUUUCUUAAAUUGCCAAUGAAGUUCUCUGUAUAGUCUUAAAAUUAGAAUCCCUGUAGAGUGAUACAUGGAUAUGAAUAUAUUAUGAACUUAGUAUAUUACAUACAAUACACAAUAAAAACUACAUAGCAUCAGUAGACUUUUAUAACACCAGUAAUUAAACUAUUUAAAUGUGUGUCCCUUUUUUUGUUUUUGUUUUUUGGCCACUAGGUAUGCUUGAAUUUAUAUAAAUUUAUUGCUAAUCUCACCCCUCAUGAUAGAUCUCUUGUGAACUACACAAGGGGAGAGAGUUUUAUCUGGUUUGUUCAUGGAUAUAUCCUCAGAGCCCCUGGCACACAGUAAGCAUUCAAUAAAUAUUAACUGAAUGAGUGAACUCUGAUGUAUAUACCUCUUUAUAACCUGGCUCCAUUUAUCCUACCUUACCUCCCAUUCAAUUAAAUAAAAAGAAAAAAUUUUU